AUGAGCUUCCGGGACGAGAGCGGCGGGGAGGACGGCAGCGGGGGCCGGUCGUCCUCGGCGUCCGACCUGCGCAAGCCGUUCCUGCACACGGGCAGCUGGUACAGGAUGUCCGCCGCCGGCGGCGGCGCCAUGGACCGCCUCGGCUCCUCCGCCUACGGCCUCCGCGACAGCUCCAUCUCCGCCCUGCUCUGCACCCUCAUCGUCGCGCUCGGCCCCAUCCAGUUCGGCUUCACCUGCGGCUACUCCUCGCCCACCCAGGACGCCAUCAUGGCCGACCUCGGCCUCACCCUCUCCGAGUUCUCUUUAUUCGGAUCCCUGUCCAACGUCGGGGCCAUGGUGGGCGCCAUUGCCAGUGGCCAGAUCGCCGAGUACAUCGGCCGUAAAGGGUCUCUGAUGAUCGCCGCUAUCCCGAACAUCAUUGGGUGGCUUGCAAUAUCGUUUGCAAAUGACUCCUCAUUCUUGUUCAUGGGCCGUUUGCUGGAAGGAUUUGGGGUCGGUGUGAUAUCCUACACGGUGCCAGUUUAUAUAGCAGAAAUUGCUCCACAAAACAUGAGAGGAGCUCUUGGUUCGGUCAAUCAGCUCUCUGUUACAAUCGGUAUACUGCUUGCCUACACAUUAGGCAUGUUUGUUCCCUGGAGAAUUCUUUCUGUUCUUGGCAUUUUACCUUGCUCAAUCCUGAUACCUGGACUGUUCUUCAUUCCUGAAUCACCAAGGUGGCUGGCAAAAAUGGGAAAGAUGGAAGAUUUUGAAUCUUCACUGCAGGUCCUGCGCGGAUUUGAAACUGAUAUCUCAGCAGAAGUAAAUGAAAUAAAGAGAUCAGUUGCCUCAUCUAGGAGGAGGACAACCAUACGAUUUGCAGAGAUCAAACACAAGAGAUAUAGUGUUCCUCUUAUGAUAGGAAUUGGCCUCCUUAUACUUCAGCAACUAAGUGGUGUCAACGGCAUUUUCUUCUAUGCUGCAAGUAUCUUCAAAGCUGCUGGUCUUAAAAACAGUAAUCUCGCAACAUGUGGUUUGGGGGCUGUUCAGGUGGUUGCUACUGGAAUCACAACCUGGUUGACUGACAAAGCUGGUCGACGGCUACUUCUCAUUAUCUCUGCUACAGGGAUGACAAUCAGUCUUCUCGUUGUUUCUGUGUCAUUUUUUGUGAAGGACAACAUAGACGAAGCUUCUCAUUUACACUUUGUGAUGAGUAUGCUUUCACUGGCUGGACUUGUGGCAUUUGUGCUUGCAUUUUCUCUGGGCAUGGGAGCCAUCCCAUGGAUUAUAAUGUCUGAGAUUCUUCCUGUUAACAUCAAGAGUCUUGCCGGAAGCACCGCCACCCUUGCAAACUGGAUGACGUCGUGGCUCAUCACGAUGACCGCGAGCUUGAUGCUAAACUGGAGCAACGGAGGAACCUUUGCUAUAUACGCGGCAGUGUCCAUGGGCACCCUCCUCUUCGUGUGCCUGUGCGUGCCGGAGACCAAGGGGAGAACGCUCGAGGAGAUUGCGUUCUCGUUCCGCUGA